AUGGAGAAUGGGCCCCCGGCAACUCCGACGGAAACCACACAGCCAAAUGGAGCCAAUGUUUCCCAGAUGACCCCAGAACAGCAAGCACAGUACCUUACAAGCCUAAUUCAGACAAACCCUGCCAUCGCUCAACUCUUUCAAAACUUCCUCCCGCAACAGAGCAAUGGGGCUGCGUCUGUGUCUAAUGCGAAUACCACCCAGGCUGUUGGUCCCCCGAAUGCUGCACCCACGAACACGUUACCCCAAGCUGUCAAUGCGCCUUAUCCCCAGCCACUUCAGCAGCCGACUGGCGCAUCACCUACCAGUACAAAUGGCCUUCCUGGGAUGAAUUUUACUGCGGACAUGGCUCGCCUCAACUACACAGCCUCAAUACCUCCGUCACGAGAUCAUGACGCUGUGGUUGCAAACCGUCUGCGGGAUGCAGACAGGGAGGGCAAGUCUUAUAAGGACGCUUUACGCGAGAUGCAUGGAGUUUUUAACUUUCCCUCCAACCUCUGGAUCGACUACUACCUCGAUAGACGUCUUAGCAUCAACGAGCUCAUCGACGAGUCCGACAGGAAUACACCCGGGAAAACGGCCAAGAAGCCCGCACUGAGCCGCGCCGGCGACUCUGGGAUGUCUGCCUCGGCGCCCGCCGCGCGUCCCGGUCCUGCGUCCGUAAAGAAGGAGAAGGGCACGAGCGAACAGUCUUCGACGAAGCCUCGGCGGGCGACCUUGAAUAGCAUGGCCACUUUCUUUGAGUCGACGUCAGAUUCCAAGGACGAUGGCAUACCCGAGCCACCUACCAAGGAGCCUACACCACCGACUGAAGUGCAAACGAUGGGCUUGCGGGGCAAUGCAUUCACAGACGCUGAUGUCAAGUACCUUAUCGACUUUGUGAACUGGGUGUGCGCGUAUAAGGACUGGUCGGUCACGAAGAUGUACAAGAAGCUGUAUAAGAGGGCUCCGCAUCAUAGCGCAGCAUCUUGGGCGGGAAAAGCGAAGACGCUGCCCAUCAUCGCGAAGAUCAUUGAUGCGUCGGCCCAGGAUGAGGAGGAAGAAGAGGACGAAGGGGAGGAAUACGAAGAGGAUAUGGAAGUUGAUGAGACACCUGAGGCUGAAUCAAAGGUGUCACCGUCCGGCAGGCGGCGCAGACAGGUGGGAGGGGUCGGGACGGCUGUCACUGACAAUGACCUGGAAGACAUGGCUGAGUGGAUUGCGGAAAAUGGCGAUAAUUGGGAAGAGAUGUCUGGAAAGAUGCGUUGGUUUCCGUUUGCUGAGACGCAUGAUAAACGUUCGUGGCAGGCGUGGACGGAAACUUAUCGAAGAUACCAAUCUGAUAUUGACUCCAUGGUGAGGAAGAAACGGCGCCGUGCUCAGGCGUCGGGACCUUCGGCGGCGAAGCGACCACGCAACGAGUAG